AUGUGGCUUUAUUUUUCUGAAGAGAAGGACAUUAGAAGUAACCUGUGCAUUGUUGCCCACCAGCUCCAUCUGAUCCACUGGAACUCCACUCUGUUUGGCAGCAUCGACGAGGCUGUGGGGAAGCCGCACGGAAUCGCCAUCAUCGCCUUGUUCGUUCAGAUAGGGAAGGAACAUGUUGGGCUCAAGGCUGUGACUGAGAUUCUCCAGGAUAUUCAGUAUAAGGGGAAGUCCAAGACAAUACCCUGCUUUAAUCCUAACACUUUAUUACCAGACCCUCUGCUGCGGGACUACUGGGUGUACGAAGGCUCUCUCACCAUCCCGCCUUGCAGCGAAGGUGUUACCUGGAUAUUAUUCCGAUACCCUUUAACUAUAUCCCAGCUACAG